AUGGCAGUUAAAUUCUCCGGGUUGUUGUUCGUCGGGUUCGUUGCCACUAUGGUGGUCGUCCCGUACAUGAUGGCCGAAGCCCGGUACUUACCGACGAGGGGUAACGAAGAUCGACUGACUAGAUUGAAAGAGCUGCUCACAGACUUAUUGGACUCUGGCGUACAGCCCAACUUAGAGAUGGAAAGACCGUACGUGGAUUCGGUUGGUGACUAUAACCGGCUAAGACCACGGGAGUACAGCAUACCCGAGAAGUCAAUAAUGGAACUAUUCAACCCAACAGCGCAGCACCAUCAGAGGCCUAGGUCUUAAGAUCACGCGCGAAACGUGAAUUUUAAUUUUAAAGUUAAUUAAAUUACAAUACAUUAUAUAUAAAUAUAUAUAUUAAUAACAAAAUGUCGUUUGAGUCCGUUUGUUUUUUUCGAUUUGAGAUUUUUCUCGCUUUUCAAAGCCGAAUAAAUAAUAAUAAUAAUAAUUAUACGAGUAUUACAUCACAACGUUUUUCGUCACUAAUUAAUAAUUUUGCGUAGUCCGUAGGUUUACUUGAUUAUUGUGCGAACAAUCUAUUUUUCUCUUCAAAGUGUCAAAAUGUGUUUACUUAAAAUCUUAAAAUACAUAUAUGUUUGAACUGUUC